AUGCGAAAAAUCACCUUCAUUAGAAGCUGUCCUCUUGAAUUGCAUGCGACGUACAAAGACCUGGAGGGGAAAACGAGGGCUGCAGAUCUGGGGGGUUGUCGCGUGGAGUUACCUGAGGGGAGUGGCGAGAAAGAAGUGCAUGUCUUUUGCUCUGUUAAUUACAACGGGUUGCUUCGCUUCCCUAGGGCAUGCAUGAAGCGUGUAGAAGCAGAAGAGAAGAAUUCCCCGCAAUCAGCAGCAGCAGCAGCAGCAGCAACAGCGACAAACACGCCGUCGCCGGAGGUUCCAGCGGCUUCAGACGGUGAACAGCAGCAGCAGCAGCAGCAGCAAGAGGGUCAGGGUCAACAACAGGAUGCAGCAGCAGGAGAUGCUACUGGUGCUGCUGCUUCUCCUCCUCUUGUUGCACCAGCGAAGGUGAAGGUGACGGAGCUGUCUGUACAGCCGGUGGCGUUUGCAGGUCGUUUAUCUGCGGAGACGCUUCGGGUGUAUAGGGAACUUGAAUUGCAAAUGGACAACGAAGAUCGGCUGUAUCGUGAGAAGCAAGAGAGGCUAAAUGAAUUGGAGACAACAAUAUAUUCCUUGCGCGAGGGUUUAGGGGCCUCUUUAGGAUCGUUUGCAACCGAAGGAGAGAAAGAAGCCUUGUUGCGUCUGCUCGAAGAACUUGAAAACUGGGUGUACGAUCACCAGGAUGAUCCACAGCUUCCUAAAAGUGCAGUCGUAGCAAAGCUAGAUGCUCUCAAGGGGGCGGCUGCGCCGGUGCAACAUAGGCAGCAGCAGCAGCAACUGAGGACAGCUGCAGCAGAAAAGCUCGCCGCAACCAUUCGGGAAAGCCGCCAGAUUGCCACCGGAGGGGCUCCAGAGUAUGCUCAUAUUGAACAGCAGACGAUGCAGCAGCUGCUGCAGGCAGCAGAGGCAGAUGAAGGCUGGUUGAACAAAGUCAUGCAAGAUGCAGCAGCAAUGCCUCUAACAGCAAACCCCCCGGUGUUGGCUGAGACAAUCGAUCAGCGGCGAAGUGACUUGGAAAUCCUCGCGAGAAAAAUUUGCUCAACUCCUAAGCCCAAACCACCACCACCAGCUGCGCCUAGCGAAGCAGAAGGAAUGGAGGUUGAGGGAUCUCCAAAGAACAGCUGCAAGGAGGCGGCGUCUGCUGAGGAGGCCGGUGGAGAUGAAGAGGCAAAGGAGGAGAUGCAAGAGGAGACAAAGGCCUAA